ACUCCAGCGGCCGUCGGGCGGCUGUUUACCGAGCAAGCACAGAGUAGCCGUGAGGAAAGUGACAGCCACACGGGAGGCUCGGUGUAUGGUGAAACACAGGUGAUUUCAGCUUCCACGGUCGCAUUUUAAAGCGUAAUGUUCACUCGAAGGGGGCAUGGAGACGUCAAGAAAUCUACACAGAAAGUUCUGGACCCAAAGAAGGAUGUCUUUACCCGGUUCAAACACCUCCGGACUCUGUUAGAUAUCAUUGACAAGAGUGAGUUGAAGACAUUCUUUGAGAACAACAGUUCUCAGAUUUAUUUUAUCUUCUAUGAAAAUUUCAUUACACUGGAAAGCAACUUAAAACAAAAAGGGAACAAAUCUCAAAGGGAGGAGCUGGACUCUAUCCUCUUUAUUUUUGAAAAAAUCCUGCAGAAUCUGCCUGAGAAGAUCUACAACAGAUGGCAGUUUCACAGUAUAGGUUCUAUUCUCAAAAAGCUUCUGCACACUGGAAAUUCAUUCAAAAUUCGCUGUGAGGGGAUCCGUCUCUUCCUGCUGUGGCUGCAGGCCCUAAGGGACCACUGUGCAGAGGAGCAGUUCCUCAUCUUUGCCUGUCUGGUGCCAGGAUUCCCCGCUGUGCUCUCCUCCAGAGGGCCGUGCACCCUCGACACCAUCAUUUACAACCCUUUCUCCAACCCCCCAGAUGCCAAGGUGGUGCCUGAGGAGAUCACCCCACUGGUUCCAGCUGUGGCAGGUGAAAAAGCUGCAGAUGACCUGACCUGUUAUAUCCUAGAAAUACUGCUUAAGUACAUGGUCAUCCAGGCAUCCAGUUUAGAAUGGAAGAACAAAGAGAACCAGGACACAGGCUUCAGGUUUCUCUUCACCCUGUUCAAGAAGUACUACCUUCCACACUUAUUUCCCUCUGCCCUCAACUCUUCAUCCACUGUUACUCCAUCAGACCUCCCCCACCACAGACCAAAACCCUUGUAUGUGCCAGUGACACGGAACAAUGAGAGCACCUUCUGCACAAGGGAUCAGUACCUAGCACCUCGUGUGGCCUUCAUCACCUGGCUUGUCACUUUCUUCCUGGAGAAGAAGUACAUCAGCAGUGCUGCUUCAGCGCAGAGCGCAAAGAACGGCACCGAGGUCAUUCCCAAACUCAUCCAGACUGUCACUGCAGGCAGUAGCAGCCAGGAGAAGGAUAAGACAUCAGAUGGGGACACAAACGGACCAGCGGGGGAGCCUGAGAAGAGCCACUCCAACAGUAGCACCCUGUCAGAUCGACGAGCCAGCGAUUCCAGUUUGUGUAGCGUUGAGGAGGAGCACCGCCACGUUUAUGACAUGGUGCAGUCCAUUCUGCUCUCCACCCGGGACAAUGUGAACUUCGUCAACGAGAUCUUCCACCAGGCUUUCUUGUUGCCGUCCUGUGAGGCUUCUGCAACCAGGAAGGUCAUCAAAGUGUACAGGAAGUGGCUCCUGCAGGAGAAACCCUCUUUCAUGGCAGAGCCUGACAGAACUGCUCGGGAAGAUGAAGUGGACGAAUGCUCCGAACAGAUUAUCAGCACCGAGACAAAUAACAUGCACGUGCAAAUGAUGGAGAGUCACAGUCACAAGCGGUCGUCCAGCUGGGGUAGGACCUACUCGUUCAGCAGUGCCAUCAAUCAGGGCUUCAUCACCGAGGAGGAGAACAGGAGCAUCAAAGCCGGCAUCCAGCCAACACUACAGGUGUUUCUGACCAGUUCAUCCAACGUGUUUCUGUUGGAGCCAUGCCAGGAUGUACCAAAACUCCUGGAAAAUCAGGUUGAGGUGUGCAAGGGUGUUCUUAGCAUCUAUCGGCAUAUGAUCAUGGAGCACUCCAUGAAUACACAGACGUGGGAGCAGAUGUUGCAGGUACUACUGAGAAUCACAGAGGCUGUGAUGAAGAGGCCACAGGACAACCAAAGAAAAGACGGCUUUGCUGAAAGUUUAGCAUCUUUGCUUUUUAGGACCAUCAUUGUGGCGUGGGUACGAGCCAACCUGUGCGUAUUUAUCUCCCGGGAGCUUUGGGAUGAGCUGCUGGCAGUGCUGUCCUCUCUUACCUGCUGGGAGGAGCUGGUGACAGAAUGGGCCAGCAUCAUGGACUCGCUUACGGCUGUGCUGGCACGCUCCGUUUAUGGCCUGGACAUGGCCAACCUGCCUCUGGACAAACUCAGUGAACAGAAGGAGAAGAAGCAGAGAGGACGUGGAGUGAUCCAGGACUCUCAGAAGGCAGCAGCAGUUGCACGCUCAUUCUCCCUGAGCUGGAGGAAUCAUGGGGAACAGGGCGGGCCACCAGUACAGGAGCCCAUGAGGACUCGCUCAGCCACUACUUCAGGAGCACCGGGUGUGGAGAAGGCCCGGAACAAUGUCCGACAGAAGGCCUCUGCUAAGCGAAGCCAGUCCAUCAGCAACUGUGUUCAUCUAUACGAGGCUUUGCCCACUACUAAAAGUGUUCCUAUGCUGCUCCACACUGUGAGCUCUUUCUUGCCUGGUAUCUCUUCUGGUAACUCUGCUUGCUCUCACAGACUCUCAGAUGUGGAGGAGUGUCAGCUGUCAGAGUGUGGGGGAGAGGAGGAGCUGGGAGGCAGAGACAGUCCUCUGCCGCGUAGCAGCAGCACCUCAGACAUCACCCAACAGCUGUCUGAGACCUUACCAGUCCAGCAGAGAGAGUACUCGCCUACUUCCUGUGGUUCUGAUAGCAGGAUGUCUGAGGGCAGGACUGAGAGCAGUGAACCGCCUGUGAUCCUGAUCCGACGGACCAGCAGCUCAGCUGAAACAGAGUGCAAUACUGAGGGACACGCAAACUACACGAGGCCCAAGCUCAGAGAGAAAAGUGAGAGUGUUAGUAGCGAGACGUCCAAUGGCUACCUCAAUGAGGCUGAAGUUACCUGGCAGGCGUUUGACGAGGAAGCUGAUAAUCAGUCCACGCAGUCGGCACACAUGGACGUAACAGUUGAUCCUCAGAGCCAGGGGAGUCUGCUGCUCAGCCAUAACGAAGCUUUAGCAGGUCCUGAGUGUGCUCUCCCUACCCACUCCGCAUCCCCGUCCUACCACCACAACCACCAAAACCACUACCACUACCCCCAGAAUCCCCCCGCUUCACCAGCCCUGCUGGUGCACACAGAGUGCCCACGGGAUUGCCCCCUGGACGACACCAUGCAUCAGUCUGUCUUACACAUGCCACACCACUUGGAUAGCAGCGAGUUUCUGGCUGAUGAUGUCAGCAUCAUUGCUGGUGGGACUCUGACUGGCUGGCAUGCUGAUUCAGCCUUCGUCCUGUGGCGGAGAAUUUUGGGUAUCCUGGGAGAUGUCAACAAUAUCCGCUGCCCCAAAAUCCACGCCAAGGUCUUCUCCUAUCUCUAUGAGCUGUGGCACAAGCUGGCCAAGAUUCGGGACAAUCUUGGGAUUAGUGUGGACAACCAGUCUUCUCCGCCCCAACCUCCCUUCAUCCCACCUCUUCGAAUGCUUGCGUCCUGGCUUUUCAGGGAUGUUUUGAACACCAUCAUCCGCUCCUGCUCUCCUCGAUUCUUCUUCCUCGGCCUGCCGGGCUUCACAAUGCUGAUUGGAGAUUUCAUCGCUGCUGCUGCCUGCGUCCUCACCUCUGGCUCCUCAGAGGCUCCAAGGGUGGAAGCUCAGACGAUCCUGGGCUCCCUCGUGUGUUUCCCAAACCUCUACCUCCAGAUUCCUAUACUGCACCGUGUGCCUGGCUCUGAUGACAUCAAUGUGAGCAAUGAGGAUAUCAAGAAUUACUUGGUCAACAUCCUGCUGGAGACGGCAACCAAGGAGCACUAUGAAGGGGCGAGGUGCAUUGCUGUGUGCAGCCUGGGUCUGUGGGUGUGUGAGGAGCUAAUGCAAAAGAACAUCCACCCCCAGGUUAAAGAUGCCAUCAAUGUUUUGGGAGUGACACUAAAGUUUGGGAACAAAGCAGUGGCGCAGGUAGCCUGUGACGUGUUUCAGCUGCUCAUCUCUCACUGGGAGCAUCUCCAGAGGUUGGAGCCCACAUUCCCAAAGAAGAUUAUUGAGAUCUUUGUGGCCACAAUAGCCUUUUUGUUGCCGAGCGCAGAGCACUCAGCGGUGGAAGCGGACAAAAAGUUGAUGGUAUCGCUUCUGCUUUGCCUGUUGGACUGGUGCAUGGCUGUUCCCUUGAGUCUGCUGCUUGAGCCUAUCACCAUGCCUUCACUGGAGGACCACACAGCCCACAAGGCCCCGCUGCUGGACUACAUCUACAGGGUGCUGCACUGCUGUGUGGCUGGGUCCAACCUGCACACCCAGCAGAGCCACUAUCUGCUCACCCUGUCUGACUUGUCCAGUGACUAUGACCUCAUGCUGGGUCAGGUUAAGCGUUGCGAGCCACCCCCGUCACAGACACCCAUGGACUUAGGCAACCUACUCACUGUGGCUGAGGAAAAGCGUCGCCGCAACAUGGAGCUGAUCCCACUGACGGCACGGAUGGUCAUGACACACCUCGUGAACCAUUUGGGCCAUCAUCCCCUGAGCGGCGGCCCCGCUCUCCUCCACAGCCUCGUGAGCGAAAAUCACGACAACCCGUACGUGGAGUCGUCCGAGCUGUCCUCCGAGGUCUUCAAAAGCCCCAACCUGCAGCUUUUUGUCUUCAACGACAGCACGCUGGUGUCCUACCUGCAGAUCCCUGCCGAGACCCCCACCGUCGGACAGCCCCUGCACACUUCCUCCCAAGUGCGCGUCAUUGUCCGGGACAUCUCGGGCAAGUACUCGUGGGAUGGUGCCAUCCUCUACUGCACCGCACAUGAAGACUUUGACGUGGGAGCCUUUAAACCAGUCGACCCUUCGCUUUCUGCAGUCAACCACAGCAGAAACCCGCCCCCCUCCCCAGUAGCAGGACCGCACAAGCGUCAUCGCUCAGGCUCCGAUUGCCUCUCAAACUCCUGUGAGGAGGAUGAGUUUGAUGUUCUCGAUAAGCUUUUGGACGACCUCGGACACAGCAGCCCAGAAUGUCUUCCCCAGCCACGACUUAAGCUUAACCAGCCGGCCGCGUCGCCACACGGGAUGAACCUAGAGCAAGAGAACGCCAUCCUGGAAGCCAUUCAUCGCCAGACUCAGCAGGAGGAGGAGCAAGUGAGGAGGUGGGAGGCUGAUGUAAGCUUUCGGGCGGACUGCCAGAGCGAACCGUCCCACCAGGAACCAAAAGCUCCUUUUUACUUCUGCCGGCUGCUGCUUAAUGAUCUUGGGAUGAACUCUUGGGAUCGCAGGAAAAGCUUCCAUUUGCUGAAGAAAAACUCUAAACUCUUACGGGAACUGAAGAACUUGGACUCCAGGCAGUGCCGAGAGACGCACAAGAUUGCCGUGUUCUACAUCGGAGAAGGCCAAGAAGACAAGUGCUCCAUUUUGUCUAACAGCGCAGGAAGCCAGGACUAUGAAGACUUUGUAUCUGGACUGGGAUGGGAGGUGGACCUAGCCACGCACUGUGGCUUUAUGGGCGGGCUCCAGAGGAAUGGCAGCACAGGUCUAACGGCUCCUUAUUAUGCUACCUCCACUGUGGAAGUCAUUUUCCACGUCUCAACGCGUAUGCCAUCUGAUUCUGAUGACUGCCUCACCAAAAAGGUUCCCUUCUUUGGCCCUCUGUUUAAUGGCGCUAUCGUCACUGGGAUGCUGCUGCCAAGUUUAGUGCGGGCUACCUGUAUCAAUGCCAGCAGAGCUGUCAAGUCCCGGCUGACUCUCUACCAGAGCUUCUAUGAGGAGCGGGCACUCUACUUGGAGGCCAUUGUUCAGAAUCAUAGAGAGGUCAUGACCUUUGAAGACUUUGCCUCACAGGUUUUCUCCCCCUCCCCUGGAUAUCCAAUGAGUGGGACAGGGUCCUUCACCGGCAGCGGAAGCACCGAAGCCGGAAGCAUCACCACCACCACGACGGAUUCAGUCGACCAGGUGUCUCCCACCAUGCCCCGUGCCACAAAGAACAGAGUUUCCGGGAAACUCCGCCGAUCAGCCAGCGCUAUAAGCAAAUCCUCCAACUGAGCUCUUCAACCCGUCCCCCUCUCCCCCCUACCCGAGUGCCGCCUUCAGUCUUUUCUCGAAAAACCUCACAAACUCAGCCGCGACUGCAAGAAAUUACUUUGAUGUUUCAUUUUUUUUCCUUUUUGUGACAUAUAAACAUUAACUGGAGCAUACGGCAAUUUUUCAUUUAAGUGGCAAUCAUUGAUUUCUUUGUCAGUACAUUUCACUUUGUUGUGGUGUUAACUGAGACAGGUGUGUGUGUGAAAGUAAGCUAUUUAUGUUUGUUGGUUUCAGCAUAGGAGGCACCUGCGAUGAUUUUAUCAUUUUCUAGAGCGCUCGCGUGCGCUAGAAAAACACUUAAAGUUCUUACUGUAGUAAGGUAACGGGAGACUGUUUCCCCCUGUCUCUGUAGUUCCUCUGUCCCAGCACUUCAUGUAACAAAGCACUGAUGACGCAGCUGUAAAUGACACCACGCUAAAACUGCACAAGAGUUUGGUAUCCAUUUAUAAAUAAGUCUGCCUUUUAUACCUCUGUUUGCAUCCGCCACAGCCUCUCUGUGGCGAAGAUACCAUUUCAGUUAGCGGCAGCGCAAUGCCGUCCCAUCCACGUCGGGGAAUGAUGUUCCUGCAGGAAAAAGCACCAAUGGAUGGGGAAAGCUUCCCCUGAAUGUUUCGCAGUCGCUGCACUAGCACACGGGAGUCCCUGCAGCAUGUGCAGCCAGAGGCUGUUUAAUUGUUUUGAACUGGGAGUGGACAAUCGAUGACGUCUUUCUAACUUGAGCUGAAAUGACAUUUGGGUUACUACUCCAAUUUUCCUUUUUAAAUGAAUUCCAAUGGAUCGUGUCAUUAUUUGAUUUAUGCAACUGCGCUGGAAUGAGAAAACACUGCGUUUGUAAUUGUUUUCUGAUGUCGUUAACAUAGGCUCAUGUCCGGUAAUUAAAUAAGUUCCUCCUGUCUCUUUCCUCUGCUAUCAGUUUCCCUGUCCUGUAAAGCCGAGACAUCGACAUUCCGACAUUUCCAACAUUCCCAACACACACUUUUGCACUCACUCUUGUCAGUUAACAUCAAAUGCUUCUUUGUUCUUGGAUGUAAAUUGCUUUAAAUAUUAUUUGUUGAUGGACUGUUUGAAUUAUCUUUUGCGGUGUUGUGUGUUCGUGUGGUGUUUAAAGGAAAAAUGCCGCCAGAGCCUCAGGUAACCCCAUGCACUGGUGUGUGUGUGUGUGAGAGUGUGUGAGAUUGUGUUUCUGAGGGAGCGUCUCACAGUGCCUGUGUAAUGUCUGUCUUCUAAGAUGAUGUCCCACAUUAUUUCCACGCCCCACAGCGUCCCGUCUCCUCCUCAGGAGUAAAAAAACAAAAACAAGUCUCUCAAGUGCACGUCUCAUGAAAACAGCAACAGAUGGAUUUUUGCUCUUUAUUUAUUGGUGGUGUGCUGCCACCUUCUUUGUGUCAGUGGCAUCCAUUCGUCCUCUUUCCCAUGAUCCUCUUCCCAUGUCAUGGCCUCCUGAGGCCACGGGAGGGGGAGGAGGCGGCUGGGUUUAGGUGGCAUGCCAGAGCUGAACUCUUAACAGCCCUCCUAGCAACAGCCAGCCCGCCUCUCGCACUCCUCCAACCUGCCAGCUCGAGUUGUCAUGGUAGCCAGGUGUCCCCCGCCUCCCCUCCCUCCCACUCGCCCACUCACUCGCAAACAUACUCGCUCACAUAAACACACUAUAGACUCUCACCCUCUGAGGGCUCCACCUAAGCUGCAACACUAUCCCCCAUCUGUUGCACUACUAUGCCUUACUUUCCCCGCGUUCCUCUGUCGGUUUCUCCACAUCUCGCCUCCUGUUGGUCCGUUCCCCGAGCAGGAUGUGAGGAAUCCCCGCAGCAGGAGGAGGACUGACAGAUCUGUGCUCUCUUUAUUUCAUGUGUUGUCAUUUUUGAGGAAUGUAUAGAUAUAUAGGCCUGGAUCACAUCUAUGGUUUUAAUUUUCCCCAAAGCCACUUGAAGGAACUGACCAUGAUGUCGAUCCAAAGAUUGUAGCUUAUAGAAUAUGUCUGUUAAAAGGAGGAUUAGUCACUGGAGGUGUUAGUUCGGACCAAGAUUGUGUGUCUUAUACGCGUGAAGAAAUUGAGAUAGUCGUAGUUUUAGUUAUUUUCUCCUUCUCGUUUUAGAAAUCCUUGUACAUUGUGUCAAAUUUGAGGGCUUCGUUGCCCUCAGGAUAUAAAUAUAUUAAUGCCUGUAAUAUAAUCUUUGUAUAAGAGGGGGAAAAGCUUGAAACUUUCAUCAUUACUUGUCAACAUAUCAAACUGUUUUUAAUGACCGAAGUCCUGCUAUCUUUAUUAGAAAUGUGAAAACUGAAACAUUUCAUUAAAUCGAUUUGAAAUUCUA